ACAACUUCUUCCAACUUUUCACGAUUCGAUCAUAAUUAUUUCCAGCGACAAUUUUAUCACUGUAUAAUUAUUGAAUUUGUGACAUAACAAUCACUGGCUACAAUGUCCUCCGAGAACAGUAUUUGUCGCGUAUGCCGUAAAAGCAAAAACGACGCUGCCCCUAGUUUUGUGUCUUUGUUUUUCAAGCAGGAAAUAGAAGACGCAGUAGAACCAAUCGCAUCUAUGCUGGAGUUCGUGGGAAGCAUUUCGGUUUCUGCAAAGGAUACCAACAUGCCGCAGGACAUUUGCGUUGAGUGCUUGGAACAAUUGAAGGCUUCGUAUCGUUUUCGAAAGCUUUGUAUGGAAUCAGACGACUUACUGAGAAAACAGUGCAAUCCGGAAGUGGUCACUGCUUCCGAGAAUAGCAGCUCUUCCCAACAACAGCAGCUGCAAGCUUCCGGCAAUAAAAGCCAUGCCGUUUAUCUUCAUAACUAUGAUCCCUCCUUCUAUCAUCUAGCGUUGGAUCGUUUCUACUAUAUGGAGCUGAUCUUCAUUGCGCGUCGCUGUUGUGGAUGUCGGCAGGCAUUUGGUUCAUCUGAAGAGCUUCAAUCACACUCUUUCAGUGUACACCGAAAGAAUCAAUCGGGUGUCACGGCUCAUCAGUGUCCGAUAUGCUUUUCCCGUUUUCCAUAUGCAGAUGCACUGCAUUAUCACCGCCAGGAAAUGCAAAGUAACGUGUUCUGCUGUCGAGAGUGUUAUUUGAUAUUCGAAAAGAAGCACACCUUGUUUAGCCACCUGCGGACCGAGCAUAGUCGCGAAGAGUUUGAGCUGGAGAAAGAAUUGUAUGCAGAUGAAGAUCAACCACCCAUGGGACACAGCAUUUUUGAUCCCGAUCCGGAGCAGCAUUUACUUGUAAGCAAUGUGCAGUCGUUAGCCGAUUCCAACGCUGAUCCGUACAUUUCGGGCUACUGUGAGUUGUCGCCUGAUCUGCGGCUAUGCGACCUCAGACCCUCGCAGUAUCGGUUCACCGAACGUACCGAUCGGUUCAGCAUCAUUGAGUUCACGUGGCAUCGGUGUUGCGCUUGUAAUCACAUGUUUAUGAAUCGUAGCGAUUUGGAAGUCCACUGUACGGAAGAGCAUCGGUUGCGGUACAAUCCGACUGCUACCGUAUACAUGCAGAGUAAGCCAUUUAUGUGUCAACACUGCUGGCGCCGAUUCAAGAAGAAGAGUCUCCUGGGACUGCAUCAGAAGUUUAACCGGAAAAAGGUGUACUCAUGUAACACCUGCAUGCACAUUUUCUUCGGUGGACCGGCGUACGAAAAACAUUUGCCUAAUUGUUACCCCUCAUUCCUGAACCCAGUCCAGUUGACCACCGCUGACGAAGCAGCAUAUGUGGGACAUCCAAUGAUGAAGGAAGAACCCGAGGACGAUGAUGAAGACGGUGAUGUCUACAUUUUAAAUGAUUGAAAUGAAGCCCUCUGCUAGUUUUCAGUUAAUGAUUUAAACAUUAACAUGACAUUCUACCAUUUGAAUAGCUAGAG